AACUGGACAGAUAGUUUUGUGCAGUGGUCACCGUUGGGUACUUACUUGGCCACAGUGCACAGACAAGGUGCAGCUAUUUGGGGUGGUGCAACUACUUUUAAUCGUCUGAUGCGAUAUGCUCAUCCCCAGGUUAAACUGAUUGAUUUUUCACCUGGCGAGAGAUUUUUGGUGACUUAUAGCAGCCAUGAGCCAAGCAAUCCUCGUGAUACUCAUAGAGUUAUGAUAACUAUCUUUGAUGUCCGUACUGGAAAAGUUAUGAGGGAUUUCAAAGGGAGCGCAGAUGAAUAUUCAUCUGCUGUUGGAACUGGAGGUGUAAGUGGCGUGUCAUGGCCCGUCUUCAG